GGUUAUAAAAGUGUGCAGGUAAGAAGAGCUCAGGUAAUCUGCACCUCUCACACACACCGAGCUCAAACACACACACACACUCUCACUACUGCGGACUAUACUGCACACACUCGGGACUCGGACACCUCAAACCUGCAACACACACUGAGCAGGAGCGCGAUGGCCUCCAGCGAGCUGAGCCACAUCCUGAAUAACGCUAACGCCAACCUGUACCCGAGCGAGCCGAGCCUGCACGCCUCCAGCUUUCCCACAAUGCAGCGCAGCACACCGUUUAACGACACACACUACUGCAACAACAACAACAACAACAACAACAACAACGUACACAACACAGUCGGUCCGUGGCAGCAGGUGAACCCUCAGUUCUGGAGCAGGCGUAACGUGCUGGACUGGGUCGACUUCCACGUGGAGGAGAGUAAAUAUGACGCCACGCUGCUGAACCUGGACUGCUGUAACAUGGACGGCUCGGUGCUGUGCUCGCUCAGCAGGGACGCCAUGAUGGCCACCUUCGGGCCGCAGCUCGGGGAGACACUGCACCAGAGCCUCGAGAACCUCAAACACAAACACGUUGAGGACAUCACACAGAACUGCAUGCUGAACGAGACGUACGAGCUGCUGAGCAACUUCCUGUUGGACCUCCCCCAAUCACCGUUCAACGACGGUCCGACACUCGACAGCGUGAUCGUCCAGAGUGUUCCCACAGGUAACAAAGACAGUGACUUCAGCUACUACAACGAGUAUAAAACACAGCUAACACCAGGAAGUGACAAUGGCUACGAGUCGUACUCAGAGAGUCUGCAGAGCUCCAUCACAGGAAGUUUCUUGAACCCGAGUUCUCCAGAAUCCGCUGGAAGUGAUUCAGAUCAUGAAUACACAGAGACGCACUACACGUACUCACCAAACAGCUUCAUUAAGCAGGAGCCUGUGGAGAAGAAGCGACGAGGUCGACCUCCUAAACUGGGCCGCGGCUCCGAGCACUUCGUAGAGAACAAAAAGAACAAACAUGCUCCGCGCGGUACACACCUGUGGGAGUUCAUCCGCGACAUUCUCAUCCACCCGGAGAAGAACCAGGGCCUGAUGAAGUGGGAGGAUCGCAGAGACGGCGUCUUUAAGUUCCUGAAGUCGGAGGCCGUGGCUCAGCUGUGGGGUCAGAAGAAGAAAAACAGCAGCAUGACUUACGAGAAACUGAGCCGAGCAAUGAGGUAUUACUACAAGAGAGAAAUUCUGGAGCGAGUGGACGGCCGGAGACUCGUUUACAAGUUCGGGAAGAACUCGAGCGGGUGGAAGCUGGAGGAGCUGGGAAUGUGAGGAGGAACGUGAGGAGGAACGUGAGGAGGAACGUGGAAGGUGUCAUGAGCAAAGACAUCAUGAAGGACUUUACUGUAGAGACGCCUGGAUAGCGUGAAGGCUGGUUUGGUAGCUGAACUCCCCGCCCUGAGGGAGGAGCGUAACAGAGACGCUGUAAGCCUGUACUGGCUAAAGUAGGUUUUAUGAACCGAUAAUAACGUCGUGUUGUAAUUCAUGUUGUUAUCUUAAAAUUUGACACUUCUUUUGUCCAAUGGCACGCAGGCGUGACCGUCACAUGACCUCGUGUGGUUAUAGUGGAGCUUUUGAUGAAGGUUACAGAGAUUUCUUUAUUUUUUUACUCCCAGGCUGUGUUUCAGUGCUGUUUUUAACACACACUCAUCCACUUCCCCUCUUUAUUUCCACAAAUUCUCCAGAAGACAUUAAAAUCAACUGAGUUUUACUUCACUUUAAUUUUACUUUACUAAAUAAAAACAUUACAGUCCAGGAGUAAAGCCUGUAAUGGUCUGGUUUAAAGGUUUCCAUUAGAGAGGUUCUGGUUCCUAUUAAACACCAUCAGAACCCAAUAGGAACUUUUUGUCAUGAGUAGAUGAUGGAAAUCAGGAACCAUUAGGAACCUCAAUUUCCAUUAAACUACAGACCAUUACAGUCCACCAGGAGCACAUUAGAUCCCAUUAGGAACCAGUAGAAACCCCUCGUUAUCUUAAAUGAUUUGCUGUAAAGAAAUUGUGAGUGUAACGCAGAUGAUAAACGUGUCGAGAUUUUAGAGGAACUGUGCGAGGCUGUUUUAGGAACCGUACUGAAACACAGGGAACGUAAAUUUAUACAUUUGUAAACAUUUUCAGGUCUUGUGUCUGCUGGAAAAUAAGUGUCAAAGGUUAAUGUACAGUUUUUCAAUUUUUAAAUCAAUUUUUUGUUGUUGUUGUUUAAAUGUAGAACAAAGUGAAGAGAUAAAAAUCUCAGUUAAUCAUUUUACUGCCACAUGAAGUUUCUACAGAACAUCAUCACAUCACACUUAUUAUUAUUAUUAUUAUCAUUAUUAUUAUUAUUAUUAUUAUUAUUAUUGUGUUUAUUCUCUUUAAUAAAGCUUGAUAACAAAUCAGGUAACAAUCACGAUGAAUGUGUGUGUGUGUUCAGGGUGAGGGCUUGUUCUGUUUAGAUGGUGUGUGUUUUAAUCACACACGCUGUCUCCUGUAUGAGACAUAUUUCUCAGAUUUAUAUCACAGAAACGAUAUUCUCUAUUGCGUAUGACACAUUGUUGUAUUUUAUAUCAGAAAAUUUUUUAAAAUAAAG